GAUGUGGUGGUGGUGGCCGUGAACUACCGAUUAGGACCCUGGGGUUUCCUAUAUGCCGGCACCGAAGACGCAGCUGGAAAUAUGGGACUCUAUGACCAAUUGCUUGGACUUAAAUGGGUUAACGAGAACAUCGAGCAGUUCGGAGGCGACCCCAAGAAAAUCACCAUUUUUGGAGAGUCAGCCGGUAGUAUGUCGGUCGGCGCCCAUAUCUUAUCUCCCCUGUCUCGGGGUCUCUACCAGAGGGCUAUCUUGCAAUCUGGUGCUCCCAACUCAUACUUAGGCAGUGAAUCCAGAGAGCAGGGAUACAAAAAGACCUUAUUUUUAGCCGAAAGGUUAAAUUGUAACACAGCUUCGGGCGCAGACAUCGUGGCCUGUCUUAAGCUCAAAACCACGGAACAGAUUCUGAAUGUAUCGAAAACCGCUCGAUUGGAUGCCAAGAGUUUUGAACCAAUUUAUGGCGAAGAGUUAAUGCCGAUUAAGGCUUCGGACGCUUUACAAAAUGGAGACUUUAAUAAAGACAUCGACCUCUUAUUCGGCACCGUUAGCGAAGAGGGCGCCCUCUUUGUUGAGUCUAUGUUUGAAGACAAAUUGAGUCCAGACAUCAAGAACCCGCCCAUCAAUGUGACCAUUUGUAGUCAAGUCAUAACUUUUAUGGUUAUGGCUUUCGGUGAGACAAUGGCUUACGGCAAAGAAGUGGCCGAUUUCUACCUCAAGGACGUCAAAGACGGCGAGUUCGACAAAUUGAGACAAGCGGUCGGCUAUGGGUUCGGCGACUAUCAUAUCGCGUGUCCGACAGUACUCUUCGGCCGAGAGUUUGCACUCCACGGCAAAGGAAAGGCUUACGCUUUCAGACUGACAUACCCGCCAACAAUACCCGUGUUCCAGAUGUGUAAGGGAUGGAUGGGUGACUGUCACGGCGAUGAUGUGCUCAUACUGUUUGGCUUUCCUAUUAAACUCAGAGGCAUUACAUUCACGGAAACUGAUUAUAAGAUCGCUCGCGAUAUGAUAGACGCCUGGUCUUCGUUCGCCUACACCGGAUCACCCAAACAAUUAGGUAAAGACAAAUGGGAGGAAGCGAUCGACAAGACUUCAAACGACAAAUUCGUGAAAUACUUGGAAUUGAAUCCAAAGACCAAUUAUCCAAUGGUUAACGACUAUUACAAAGAGUCGUGCGAAGGCUUUUGGGCCAAGAAGUGGGGCUACAAUAAGUAGUCGACUAUUAGAUCACGAAUUUAUUUGUUAUUUAUAUAAAAUAAAACGUUUCAAUGAAAAGUUAA